AUGACUGUCCUAAACCAAGACGCAGUGAACAAAGCAACUUUAAGAAAAACAAGACAGUGUCUUCAAAAAACAUGCACUGUAGAAACAUUAAAGAAAAGGAUCCCAAUUAUAGAUUGGCUCCCAAAAUAUAAGACUGAAUAUUUCAUUCAAGAUGUGAUAGCUGGUAUAACAGUGGCACUAACAGCUAUACCUCAAGGAAUUGCUUAUGCAGUCAUUGCAGGACUACCUCCGGAAUACGGACUGUAUGCAUCAUUAACAGCUGGAUUGGUGUAUGUCUUCUUUGGAAGCUGCCACAAUGUCACCGUGGGUCCUACUGCUAUUGUUGCCACAAUGACAGGUAAAUAUGUGGCUGAUUACUCAGCUGACUUCGCCGUGCUAACUGCCUUCCUAUCAGGAAUCUUCAUAUUUGUCAUGGGGAUCCUCAACCUCGGUUUCCUCGUCGAAUUCAUAUCAAUGCCCGUGAUUAGUGGCUUUACGACCGCUGCAGCCCUUCAGAUUGCGGCUUCACAAUUGAAAGCAUACUUUGGAUUGAAUGGAACAUCAGGGAGCUACUUUUUGGAGUCAAUUCAGAAUUUCGUCACACAUAUAAAUUCAGCAAAACUUUGGGAAGCGGUGCUCAGUUCAGCAACUGUGAUCAUGUUGGUAUUGCUAAAGAAAAUGGGCCAUGGAUGCAAGAGAACUGAUGGAUUUGUGAAACAGAUGAGAUGGUUUUUAUCAUUAUCAAGAAACGCUAUAGUCGUGAUUAUUGGAAUGAUUAUUGCCUACAUUCUGAAAGUGACCCUUCACACGGAACCUGUACUAUUAAUUGGUGACAUUGGAAGUGGCCUCCCGAAAUUCGGCGUACCACCAUUCAGCACAGUAGUUGGUAACCAAACAUACAAUUUCCGCGAAAUGGUUGAAGUUCUAGGAGUACAGUCUGCAGUAAUUCCAGUGAUUGCUAUUUUAGAGACUAUUGCUAUCGCCAAAGCCUUUGCUGUGGGUGGUAGGAUUGAUGCGACACAAGAAAUGAUUGCUGUUGGACUUUGUAACAUCUUCGGAUCUUUUGGACAGAGUAUGCCCAUCACGGGUUCAUUUACAAGAACAGCCCUGAACCAUGUCUCUGGUGUGAAGACGCCUGCUGGUGGUCUGACGAACGUUUUAAUUCUCUUUGUGGCUCUGACUAGUUUAACUUCAGCGUUCUAUUACAUACCAAAGGCGUCACUAGCUGGCCUCAUCAUAACUGCUAUGUUCUUCAUGAUUGACUACGAAAUGUUUGGAAGAUUAUGGAGGAAUGGUAUGAAGGACUUUGUUUUGAUGUUAGUAACAAUGCUGAUCAGUUUGUUCGUUGGUUUGGAAUAUGGCAUCAUUGCUGGAAUUGUUCUUGAAGCUCUCUCAUUAUUGUAUUAUGUUGCUAGACCUAGUUUAGAAGUAAAUAGAAUGCAGUAUGAAAAAGGGGAUGUUAUGGUUUUGACUCUAUGCGAGAAUAUGAGUUACUGUGCUGCAGAGCAUUUACGUAAGAAGAUAAUGGAUACAUCUGCCAUCAGUAAUAACAUUCCUAUCAUAAUCGAUGGUACUAGUCUAAGAAGAGUAGAUUACACAGUAACAUACAACUUAAUGUCUAUUAUAAAAGAUUUGGAUGAAACUCAUCACAUUUUACUUAUGAAUUUCAGUGUGGAAUUAAAGAAACUAUGUUUGAACAUUGAUUUAGGAUUAGAAUCAAAGUUUGUUUAUGCGGCAAGUCCUAAAGAAUUGACUGAAGCAUUGCCAAAAGAAGUUUGA